UGAUAAGAAGUCGAAGGAGUAUGCAGCGUCUGUCGUGCCGAAAACAAAUUUUCAUCGUAAAAAACCUGUUUAAAACCGUGGCUCAACAGUGAAGUGUGGCUGAUCGGCGGCAACAGAACGGUACAAAAUGACUGAUGAGAAGUAUCGUGGUAUAAGUUCCUUACUUGGUUGUGAAUAUGACUCGGUGGCGGUCAACGAUGAGGAGUCCAGCAACACGUUCCACCGUGAGUUGCUGCUGCACUUCUGCCUGCGCAUGUUGCAUCUCAAGUGUGACAACUUCGCCGUGGGCUUGCAGGCCACUGACUUCCCGCAGUUCCACGACAUCGUGAUUGAGUGCGAGGUGGAGCGACGGCGAUCUGUGUUCUUUCUGCAUGUGGAGCACUCGGCCAGGGAUGGCCGGGUGGCGCGGGAGCACCUGAACAGCAAUGUGGAGAAGCACGAGGAGGUGGCAGAUCGGGAGUUGUGGUCGAGAUUCCAUCUGGAUCAGUACUUUAGCGCUGUGUGGGGUGAGAAGUUCUCAGAAUUGCGACAAGACUUCCGGAAUCACAGCGUCAGCAGACACUUUGUGCUGCUGACGAACCUGAGGCUGGAGGAGGAUGUGAAGACGGUGGAGUGUGAGGUGGGGAAGCAUGACAAUUUGUUUGGCGAGAUGAGCGACGAGGGCGCGAGAGUUGAGCUGCUGGACAAUCCCUUCAACAUCUCGCCCAUCACGUCCAAGUUCUCACCUGAGCAGGUGGUGAGGUUCGAUCCGGGAUACUUCCGGAACAACUUUGCAAUUGUGUCGCAGGCGCCGAGUCUCGUGGAUUUGUCAAUUAUCAACUAUGAGAUCCUGAAGAGUUUGGUGGUGUCGUACAAGUCGCGCAGCUUCAUGCGGAUUCUGAGGGAGGAAUUGACCAGGGCUGUUGCGGUGAAGAGCAGCGACUCACGCUGCGAACGACGGACUCUGUUCAAGGAGACCUUCAUCCGGAUACUCUCAGAGAGUCUCCUGCGAGCUGAUCUGUCGUCAAUCUGUGGCAAUUUCACGAAAGAACUCUCCAAUUGGGUGAAAUUUCACACCAACAUCUUGCAAGAUCUGGCAGAGAAGCUGGAGGACAAGCGAGUGUUGGUGUAUGAGGAGCACAAGAAGCUCUCCUUCCUGAAGAUCUACGAAGCACUGAAGAUCAAAAUGCCCGAGAUUUUGCUCAUUCCCUCAUCCAAAUUGAAGACAUCACAUCGAAAUGCUCUUGAGCAUUAUGAGAAGAAAGUGAUUCUGUUCAUAGAUGAUGAUGAAAAUUUCGAGCAUUUGCUGAAUAACUACUCAAAUAUCAUCUUUGUGGUGGGAAAGAAUACAAAUGUUGAGGUGAUUGUGGAGAAUUGCAUUCUUCAGGUGCCAAAGUGUUCCUUUGAGGAAUUCACAGAGGCCACAAAGGAGGAAUUCUCAAAGAGAGAUAUGAAAUUACAAGAACACCUCAUUCGAUUGUCAGCAAUUCAGAAUACAGAGAACAGAAUUUAUCUUCACCUGCUCAAUGACAUCUUCGAGAAGAUCAACAAGAAUGAGAUGAUUGAAUUUGGACGAAGAUUGCCACGGAGUAAAAUACCAAAACCCUACAUUCAGCGUCACUUCACGCUCAUCUACGAUAUGUUCAAGUUCGUGAAGUUCGACACAGACAUCAUGGGCAACUUCAGUGAGACGGACAUCUAUCAGAACUUCCCCAAUUGCAUCAUCAAGGGUGAUCCGGGCAUGGGGAAGACGUCAGUGAUGCUGAACAUUGCGAAGAACAUCAAGAAUCUCAAUCCACACUUCUGGGUGGAGUACAUUGAUCUCAAGUGCUAUCUGGGCAUCUUCUCAGAGAAGCUCAAGUCGAUCUCGUCACAAGAAUUCUCCCACAAUGAAGCCAAGAUGUUUCUGCUGCAGCACCUGAUCUCACUGGGACCGUGUCCGGAGAUUGAUCGUGAUCUCCUGGAGUUGUAUCUCACGUAUGAGGACAAACCCGUGAUAUUCCUCUUCAUAGACAGUCUCAAUGAGAUUCCCUCCAUGUAUGAGAAGUUGGUGGUGAAUCUGAUUGAGAAGCUGAGCGAAAUGCGGGUGAGAAUCUUUGUGGCGUGUCGCAAGAACUGCAAGGAGAUCCUCAGUCCGCUGAAGAGCUUCAUUGAGGCUGAAUUGGUGCCAUAUGACUAUGCACAGCGGAAGCUCUUCCUGCAGCUGUACUGGCGAAUGACACUGGGUCUGGCUGAUGAGGACAUGGAGGACUUCAUCACGCACUUUCCCACGAGAUUUUACGAAAAGUUCCUACCGGGUGUGACAAUUCUGGAGACACCGCUGUAUCUCAAGUACAUAGCGGACAUCUUUGCCCAAGACUGUGAGAAGUACUGCCAGAGUCGGCAGUCAGGAGGGAUGACAAAGCAGUUUCCCAACAUCAACAUGUGGCAUGUGUUCACGGAGAUGCUCAAAAUGAGUGUGAAGGAGGACGAAUUGAGGGAUAUCACGAAGAUCUACACGACAAUUGCCGUGAGAGAGCUGGAAUACGACAGUCUCCUGCCAAUCACGGAGGAUGUCAACAGGGAUCCCAACCUCCUUGGCAGAGGCUUCGUCACGCGCACCGACGAUGGGAAGUUCAUCUUUGCCCAUCGCACCUUUGCCGAAUUCUUCGUGGCCAAUGCCCUGAUCGAUGAGACUGAAUGCGUGAAUAAGAGUGUCGUGAAGUAUUUGUCGGAGUUCAAUUUCGAUCACGCAAAGGCCAAAUUCAUCUAUCACUGCAUGAUAGGACGAAUUGAGGCGCGAGCAUACAACUUGCCCAACAAAGAUCAACUCUCCGACACCUUUGACUACUUCAUGGAGUUGUUCAAGGAAUUCCUCAAGUUCACGUGGAUGUACUACAUUGUUGACAUAUCGCAGAUCUACACGUUCAUUGAGGAACACUUCACGAAGCAGGAAAUCCAGACGUUCAACAUUGAACAGUAUUGGGAAUGCUACGUCACUGGCUUCCAAACUCUCACACUGGCUCAACUCAUGUUCCUCGUUGAGACCUUCGACAAGUUCAAUGAACCCGAGAUGGUCAACUACAUCCUCGUGCAGAUCUUUAGAUACUUCGUCAGCCGCAAGACUGAAGAGAAUGACAUUCCCUUCCUGAAUGAGCUUCAUAGUCAAAUGGUGAAGAGAUCCACGCUGAGCGAGGAGGAGUUCUUCGUGCACUUCAAGGCGUGCAUGAAGGAGUGCGCUGAGGAUCGAAUAUUGCGUCAGGAUCUCAUGUUUUGGUACUUCAGGAAGCGCAACAUCACGCAAACCAUCAACAUUGCCAAUGUGCUGAAGAUGAAGUAUGAGGACAAUUGGAAGCUGGAGAACUACGAUAUGCACUUCAUUGCGUAUUUGAGUGAAUUUGAGAAGCGCGAGAAGAACUCCGAGCAGUUCAUCCAUGAGUUCUUUGGUCUCGUGGGUGAGGAGAACUUCUACCAGUUCCUGUCCAACUAUGACGAUGUGGAGUUCACGCGGGACACAUUCGUGAGGAUUGCGGUGAAUGUGGCGUUGAAGAGGGACUGGAAGCUCUGCGACACGGAUGGCAAUUCGAUAUUGUUUCAAUUUUGGAGAAAUCAGCAAACAUAUCUCUUCAGUGAAUUUAUCAAGUGUCUUCCACGUGACAAAAUUGAAGAAUUGACCACAUGUCCGUGCUUCGGUGGUAAAUCCUUGAUUGACUACUUUCACUCCGACGACAACAAGUUCUACGAAUUCGCGGCAUACACAAAGUACGUGUGUGACACACUGGGCGAGUGUGAGCUCCAUAAGUUCCUCACACCAUGCAAGGGCAGCCUCAAUGUGCAGAAGUCCAUCUCCAAUGAUUUGAUCUUCCUGCGGGAAUUGUCACUGGAGGUGGGCGAUGUGGGCAGAAAGACGCUGCAGAGCCUUGUUUAUGCCUUCUGUCGGGACAAGAUGACCUGGCAGGAGACCACAAAGACACGGAUAAAGUUCCUAUUCGAGAUCGCACGCUUCAUCUCCAAGUACAAACUCGAGGUGACGUUCGAUCUCAUCUUCACUUACCUUAACACACACGAGCCGUGCAAUGAUGACAAGCACGACAAUUAUCUGCACGCCGAACUGGCGGAGAUUGACGACAGUGGCAACAAUCCACUGCUAAUGGCCGGCUUGUGGGGCAAUUUGCAAUUCCUCCAGAGUCUACUGAAGCUCAUCACGCGCAAGAAGUUCAUCGAAAUUGCGAAGCAACAGAAUUGCAAUGGGAAGAACUUCUUUCACUGCAUCGCAAACUUCAUUCUCCCAUCUGUGAAGUAUUCUGUAUACGAUGUGAUUCACAUAUUCCUGCUGGAGCGAAAUAAUGGCAAUAAUGGCACACUGACCAAGUUGCUGAUGCACCAGGACAGUCGCGGCAAGACGCCCUUCCACUCCGACAUGCUCUUCUUCUGUGCAUUCAUUGACUUCGUGUCGGAGGAGGCGCUGUGCGAUCUGUUCAAGAUGCAGGACGACAAUGGGGAGAAUAUCAUGCACUAUAUGGUGAGAGAUGACAACUUGUUCCUAAUAUUUCAUAAGUAUCUCAACUCAGCCAUCACGGAACCCAUGAAGUCUGCCCUGAAGACGAGCAAUGCCAAGGGCCAGACACCCUUCUAUCUCCUGAGUCGCGUGUACGAGUCAUUUGCACUCAAUGCGAAGAAGGAGAAGAUGUAUAAGAAAUUUGAUAGAUUUUUGUAUGGAAACUAAGGACACAGAUGACAAUUUUUAUGAAUUUAUUAGUAUUCAGAGAUGAUGAUGAUGAAAAACACUGUGCGGCUGAAAUAUGGAAGUUAGGACAGUGCGGAGAAGAUAUUUGUGUAUUGUGAGUGAAUACAGUAAAUUUAUUUUAUAUGUGAAUGCAUUCAUUCAGAGGAAGAAGAAGGAAGAAAAAACAAGUAAUGUAACGAGAAAUUAUCAAAAUAA